AUGCCCAGGGGUUUUGACUCCAAAGAAAAAGCGCUUCCUCUGGACUCAAUGGAACGCACACAGUCUUCCCCAGCAGUUCGGGAUGAAACUAAGAGGCAGUUGCCAGCUCUGGAAAACGUCUCUCAGCACGCACUGAUUACAGCAUUAAAGGCAAAUAUUAGGAUGAGUGAAAAAGGACUGGGUCUCAUAAUCAUACAGAACGGGCCAUACCUCCAGAUAACAAGCCUUGUUGAGAAAAGCUCUGCAGCUAACAAUGGAAAGCUAAAACCAGUAUCUGCUAUCCUAGUACUUGUUCUAGAACUUCUUGUUUGCACACCAGUGGAACCAGUAUCUUGUGAUAAGCCAGAGUGGAGAGAGGGUGAUGUUCUAAUAAAAAUUGGACAUGCUAACAUUUUAGGAUGGACUCUGCGAGAGCUUGGUCAACUCCUGCACAAUAUUCCUAUAGGAACUACUCUACAAAUCCGAGUUUACAGAGAUUUUGUUGAAGUACCUCAACACUGGCAAAGUGCAAUUGAAUUAAUUCCUGAAGUAAAGCUUACUGUGAUGACAGCAGACACAAGUGAAGAUGCUGAGGACGAAGAUGCUGAGGACAAAGAUGACACCGGGUCCAGAAGCAACGAUGAUGUAGACUUGGAAACGUCUCAGUAUAGAUCUUCCCAGUCAUACUGCUUUUUACCUUCAGUGUACAGAGCCAGGCUUAUCAGCAUUUUAGAUACCAUUUUCAGUGGAAAAAACUCAACACAAAAUAUAUGA